AUGGCCGCGGGGCCGGUCAAGAUCGUGGUCCUCGCCGUCUUGAUUGCCGCGGUGGUGGCGACCAGCUACUUCCUCCGGUACCAGUGCCCCCGCCUGCCGUCGCCGUUCCUGCCCGGCGGCGCCGCGCCGAAGCUGCUGAUCGUGGUGACCAACGAGCAGCAGGUGGGGGAGGAGCUGGACAUGGCGGACGGCAACGUGCAGCUGCUGUGCCACGGCUACAGCGAGCACAACCUGAGCGCGCCCGUGUGGUCGGAGCGGGCCGAGAUCCCCAGCGCGGAGGAGGCGCGCAUGUCGAUUCCGGCGGUGCGCGGCGACGAGGUGUUCGAGGUGCUCUGCUCCUACCGCGGCGCCAACCUGUGCUGGGCGCACGGCGUGCGCAUCUUCUGGAACCCCGGCCACGACCUGCUCCUCUGCAGGGAGGACGGCGGCGGGUGCAAGGUCAGGUUCCGGGAGGACGGCGGCGUCGAGAAGCAGUACGGGACGCUGGGCAGCAACCACGGGAUGGAGACGCAGCCGCCGAUGUUCCUCGGCUUCGCGCCGGACUUCGACAACGCCAGGGACGGCGGCUGCGCCUCCUCCAGCUGCGUCGGCAGGACCGUCAACAGGGUCAUCGGCGAGGAGAGCUGCUGCGACGACUCCUGCGGCGGGUGGGAGAAGGCAAACCCAAAGAUGUCAUCCUGA